CAAGCUUCAGCAGCGAUUCUGAACUCAAGAGCUUACAGGGGUCUAUGGCUAACUGCUCCAAAAAACAGAAGAAAGGGGGACUGACAGUGACUUUAGACAACCUUCUGCUCCUGAACCCCUCACAAAGAUGUUCCCAAAAGUCAAAGUUAAUCCAGAAGACACCAGUCAUGUCAUGGGACUAGAGCAACCACAUACUCCAAUCAGGGAAGAGAUGGGAGAGCAUGGUUUUAAUGGUGAGGAUGGCUGCAGAUCUUUGCUCAGGCUUAAGAAAGAACUUCAUGAACCUCAGGAUCUGAGACAGCAGAUCUCAUCUCUGAAGCAGAAGUUGAUGGUAAGGGAGUCUCAGUGGUCGCAGGCCCACAGUCUCCUCCAGAGCCAUGUUGAAGCCCUCACCCGAGAGAACCAGGAGCUUCACAGCAGGCUCAAUGUGAACAAGAGAUCGCACCAGAGUGCUGGCUCCUCUGCUCUUCAGCUUGGAUCAUACAACACAUUUGAGAAGAGAAGAGAGGAACCACAGAGGACCCCUCAUAUAAGGAGCGCAACUCCUGCCUUAAACAAAACCUCCAUCCAUAGGACGCAACAGGACAAUGCAAAUGGACGUUCUGUUACCAAAGCUAAUAAGCUAACAGAAUGCACAGACAACUCUUUGCGAAAGAAUCCUGCACUUUCUAUUGACACGCCAUUGAACAAUGCCAUGAUUACACAAGGCGGAAAGGAAAGUUUGUUUUAUCAUCAUACUGACUGCAAUGAUACACAAAUGGCAUCCCAGGCCAGAAAAUACAACGUACGUGAGGAAACCCGCUAUCCGGAUGGAAGGGUAGAGCGUCUUUUUUGGAACGGAUGCCGUGUGAUCACAUUCCGCAAUGGAACGAAGAAAGAGAUCGGUGUUGACAAGUCAGUCACUGUUACGUUCUUCAAUGGCGAUGUUAAACGGACACUGGCUGACGGGACUGUGAUAUACUACCAUUGUGAUGCUCAGACAACACACUCAACUUAUCCAUCUGGAUUGGAGGUUGUACAGUUUCCAAACAACCAGAGAGAAAAACAUCAUCCUGAUGGUACAAGGGAAAUAUCCUUCCCAGAUGGCACGGUUAAGAUUCUCCACUCCGAUGGUCGAGAGGAGAGCAUUUUUCCAGAUGGAACUGUUGUCAAGAUAUCACAACAUGGGGAAAAGGUGGUGGAGUUUACUAAUGGGCAGAGAGAGAUUCAUACUUCACAGUACAAGCGAAGGAUGUUCCCGGAUGGAACGGUUAAAACUGUCUACACAAAUGGGAGGCAAGAAACUAAGUUCUCAUCUGGGAGGGUUCGCAUUAAGAACAAUGAAGGCAUCAUUAUAAUGGACAAAAAAUGAUCUUCUAAAAACCCUUUUCAUGUUAUUUAUUUGUUGUUGUUUUUUUAUUGACAGAAUUUAGUAACUAUUGUUUAGGUUAUUUCACUGACAAUAUAUUGAAAAAAUACUUUUUUGGAGUUUCAGGUGCUGUUUUAUAUUUUAUUUAUGGUGAGUACUAAAGACACAACUCUACUGAAGCCAUAAUCAGGAAGCAUUAGUGCAAUUCAAUGUUUUUUAUUAUGAUUUCAACUGGCUAAAAUCAUCUAAAUCUUUUUGAUCUAAAGAUAUCAAUAAACUUUUAUGACAAUCGGAUGAACAAAGCCGGUUUAUUUUUACAUGUACUGUCAGCAGGCGUCUUGUAUUUUUAAUAGUUCCUCUUGGCAUGAACACAUUUGAUACAGUAUGCAGGUGAAGACUUGUGACCCUCUGAACUAGUGCUGACAUUGUAUUACACUGAAACACUCUGGUUUCAGUAGACGAACAUUCCUGAAAUAGUAAAGAUGAGCUGGUAACAAUGUUAACUUAAACCCCACUGUAGGAACAGUUCACGGACUGUAGGAACAGUUCACGGACUGUAGGAAGUUUAUGUCAUUUUUGGUCUUUAUUUUAUUUACAAUAAGCCAUACAUUGUUAUUUAAUAAUACAUAAUUUUAAUCAAUUAUCACUCGCUUGGAAGUUAUAUAUGUCAUGUUCGUUUUAGAUAUUAUUCGGUUUUAUAGAAAUUGGCACAUAGAGAGGGUGUAACUCUGUGACCAUUUACUGUUGUUUUUGAAGGGUGGAUUUUAAGCAUAGUUUCACUUCCAUGUUAUGUAUAUUUCCCCUGUUAUGCCUUUAAAAUACUCUGUUGUGAGUUUUACGUUUAUUAAAAUGUUCAAAUAUGU